AUGCCUAAAGUUCGAAUCAUAUGUAGUAAAAGAAAAAAAAGAAUCAAAAAAUCAAAACCAUUACUUCCAUUUCUUCCUGAUUAUUUAAAAGAUUCACCAUUAGAGAUAUAUAAUAAUGUAUCAAAAUGUCCGAUCCUGAUACCUACAUGUUGGAACGUAAACGAUUGUUCUACAGGUCUAAAUGUUGAUGAUAAUCUACUUUUAGUUAAAUAUAAUGGAAACCAUAUGUUUGCAGCGGUUAGAGCAAACCAUUGUAUUCCAAAAGAAGCUGGAAUUUAUUAUUUUGAAGUUGACAUUUUAGAGGGUGGAAAUGACAAUAUAAUAUCUGUUGGUGUUUCAGCUUCAUACCCUAGACUUGACAGACUAGCAGGAUGGGAUCCAGGUUCAAUAGGUUACCAUGGUGAUAAUGGCCGGAAAUAUAUUGAAUUUGGACAUGGAAUUGAGUACGGACCAACUUUUACAACAGGAGACACUAUUGGCUGUUGCGUAAAUUUUUACUCUAACGAAAUAUUUUUUACUAAAAAUGGUGUGAAUUUAGGUAAUCAAAAUGCUCAAAAAAAAUUUUUUUUAUGCAAAAGAUAA